AUGUUUAGAAUCAGUUCUCAACUGAAAUUAUGUGGAGAAAAGAUUACUGAUGAAGAUAUGUUAGAAAAAACAUUCUCCACAUUUCAUGCAUCCAAUGUGCUCUUGCAGCAGCAAUACCGUGAGAAAGGUUUCAAAAAAUAUUCUGAAUUAAUUUCUUACUUGCUUGUGGCUGAGCAAAAUAAUGAGCUUUUAAUGAGGAAUCAUGAAUCCCGUCCUACUGGCUCCACUCCAUUCCCAGAAGCGAAUGUAGUGGCAACUGAAUCAACUUGUGCCCAUGGUUAUGGAUGUGGACGGGGCCGUGGUCGUGGUCGUGGUCGUGGUUGUGGAGGUGGUCGUUCCUACCAGAAGUGGGCAAAUAAUGAUGAGCAUCACCAAAAAGAAUCUAGUGGAAAUAAUAAUCAUGUUGAAAAUCUUUGUUAUUGUUGUGGUGGGAAGGGUCAUUGGUCUCGUACUUGUCAUAUGCCAAACCAUUUGGUUGACCUCUACCAAGAAUCGCUAAAAAAUAAGAAUAAGAAUAAAAAUAAAGGCAAAGAGCCAAAGGUGGAAACAAAUUUUGUUGGAGAAGAAGGCGAUUCUGAUUACGGCAACAUGGAUGUUACUUAUUUGGAUGUUGCUGAUUUCUUUACCGAUCCUGAUGGAAGAAUUGAUCACUUAAUUGGUGAUGGAAGUGUCAAAAAAUGA